AUGCCUUCCCUCUUCUCUCGCUCUCACCAGCCGCCCAAGAGGGAUCGCGCGCCAGCAGUGCUCGUGACCGGUUCCCCGACUGCCGGCGACAGGCGAGUGCUCGGUCUAGCCAAGACCUGGAACGGCUCAAGCGCUGUUCCUCCCAGCGCAAGUGUGGGCGAGUUUGGCACUGUACCUGGCUCACCCCGUACCGUCAAUGCCCCAACUUCGCCGGGGGCUCAGUCGGAUCUUACCCCCUCGGCUUCAGCCCAGACGCUGCUGCCGCUCCAGUACUCGUUCUUAACCACAAAUGUCCCGCUCAGCGCCCAGACCUUUGUUGCUUCGGACUCGGCGUCGGUGACCGAAGACCCAAACGCACCCAGGCCAUAUGGCUUCCUCGGCGGAGCUGGCAAGAAUGUCAUUCUCGGCCUCGACGAGGUCGCGCGCAUCAUUCGCGAUGUUGGCGCCGAACUGGGGCGCAGGGCGCUCGACACGCCCAUGCUCUUCUCCAACCAGAGCCUCGAGCUAAACCAAACGCGACUUAAAAUGUUCAUUCAGUCGUUUGUCAAAACCGUUCGGACCUCGUCGCGUACACCCCCAAAGUCAGCCCACGACAACUUCCUCCAGGACGUCAAGUUUGCAAGCGAUCAUGAGCUCGCGUGGCUGCUCAGAUGGGCUUUGGCGCGUAUGACCCGUGUCCGCGAAGGCACGCGAGAAGCUUGCCAUGGCUGCUUCGACUGGGACGUCUAUGAGGAAUGGAGGGGUCGCGAGCGACUGGCAAAGUACCCAACCGACGCUUUCACCACUCUGGGGUCCAUUCUGCCCUCGGAUGUGUACUACUACAUCGUCAACCCCCUGUUCGGCCUGCUGUCCCGGUUCGCGGCGCACUCCCACCUGUCGGGUCUUACCCCGCACAGUUUGGCGUCGUUGUUCGCACCCCUUCUCUUUGACAUUCCGACCAACACGCCUUGCCUGGUUGCCCACUCGGCCUUCGUCAAGGCUGCGUCUGCGACGGAGCACCUGCUCCUGUCGUACAUUCGGUCGACUGGCAAGAAGGACGGCCUUGGUCUUUCCGAUCUUCCAUCCAGGUUAAAAGAAUGGGUCAACGGAUACCCUUCCAUGAUCGCGUCGGACGCCGACCUGUCAAGGGGACGCCCACGACGCGCCGCUCGAGUUGUUCGCUGCGAGGUUGCCAGCCGUACAGUCCGGGCGUACUCUCGUGACCUUGUCGUCAACGCCGAGACUUGGGUCGACGACAUCCCCACUGGCUGGGACACCUGGGGUCGCGUUGUGCUCAGUAACCGCCGAGGCGAGGCAUCGCGUCCCAAGUUCUCUGCACCCUGGCGUCGCAAGAUGAGCGUCAAGGAGUCGCUUCCUCUCCCCCUCUCCCACAAGCAGGGUGACACCAAGACCGUGUACGGCAUGUCGCUCAAGCCCAAGGAAGCAAACAAGUCUGACGACAAGGAUGAGGCCGAAGACGGCAAGUUUGGCAGUCUGGCAGGCAAGGAGUGGAGCGCGUUCGAGGACAUGGGUUUCGAUGCCCCCAAGCAGAGAAACCCAAACGCCUCUUCUUCAUCUCAAAACUCCGACCCAGGAGACAUUGGUCAGCGUCUGCAGUUCGACCUGAACGAAAGCGCAAAGAUGAGCGUCGCCGAGCGCAGACAAACCAUGGACUGGAGCGAGUUUGCCGCAGCUGGCGGUGGAUUCUCGCGCUCAGAGCCGUUCCUCACGGCCUCUCUCACCUUCUCUGCCCCUGUGCAGUCCUCGAUUACCGAAUGGCCAAAGGAGCGCGACGAGCUGAGACGCAGGCUCCAGAAGACGCAGAAGGAAGCCACCCCCUUCACCCACGACACGACACCUCGCACCGGACCGGCUGCUGGAUUCGAGGGUGCCGAUUCCAAGGGACGCAUCUACCUGGAGGAGGCCUUUGUCGACUGCUGGGCCGACCUCAUGAUGGGUGCCGGAUGGACAGACCGCGAAGAGUUGACCUUCAAAGAGGCUGCCUGGGCUCUGAUCGAGUACCGGGCGCGUCCAAACCACCCCGAGGAGCAAGACGCGCCUCACCCUCACAAGGACCCCCGCACAACCGACAUUUACUUCCUGUUCGAGGAGCGCGUUCCCCUGGAUUACCAGAUGGCGGUUGCCGACCCCAAGCGCAAGAAGACGCUCCAAUCGAUCUUCUCAAGGCGAAAGAAGGAGAAGUCGCAGUAUGGCAGUGACAAGCGGCACGAGGAUUUUGACAAGAUGCUGUUCCGCGGUUCGCAGAAGAAGCUCACGCUGUCUCGAGCGGACCACUCAGUGUCGUCCUCCCUUUGGCACGCUGCGGCCGACCCCACGACUCCCAAGACGACUGCCAAGGUCCCCCCUCUUCCACCACUGCCCAAGAAUGUCUCGUCCAAGCCACUCGCAGUGCCCACCAUCUCCAAGUCGGCAGGCAACAGCCCAUCGACGCCAGAAGCUGUUGGCCGAAAGCGCGCGGAUGACGAGCAGAGCAAGGCGUCCAGCACGUCGCGGGCCAACAUCUUCAAGUCGAUUCGCCGCGUCAAGUCUGGCACUGACCAGCGAGAGAAGGCUCGCAAGAACCGUAGCGACCAGCAGCGUGAGGUUUCGAUGGACUUUGAGCUUCAAUCUGCUAGUGGCUUGAGUUCAGGAAACAACAGCCCGCAAGGCGACACCGAAGAGAAGUGGAUGGACAUUCUCAUCGCUAACGGUGCUCGUCCCAUGAACCGCGACGCGACUGUCAAGGAUCUCUCCCUCACAGAAAAGUCGCCAGCACGCAAGCUUGACGUCAGCCCUCCGGCCGGCAAGUUUUCGCGCCUCAGCGUGAGCCCCAAGCCUGCGACGAACAAACCGCUGCCUGCUCUUGAGCCGCCGCUUCAACUGCAGAGCGCCGACCGUCUUUCAGAUGGUGCCGGAGAAUACGAGUAUGACCGCUCUGUUGAUGCUCACGGCCGCGAGUAUGACGACGUGGCAGAUGGCCACAACAGGCCUCAGCACUACCACUAUGAGAAUGAUGACUCUCAGCCGCUCUACGACCAUGGCGCAGGCAACUCGUACUCUCACCACGGUGGGCUGGACUCACAUGCGAGCUCCGUUCGCACGUCGAAUGGGGACGACACGUCUGUCCAGCCCUCCGACUCGAUCUCGAUGCGCCGCCGGCAAUCGCCCUCCGACUCCCCCGUGGCGGCCACCCGCGAGAUCCUUACCCUCGAGGAAGAGGAGUCGACUACCGAACCCCCGUACUCGCCUGGAUACGAGGGCCUCGUCGCCCCCAAGCCGCGCGUGGCUAGCCAGCGCGACGCCCUCUUCUCCAUCGUUGACGGCUACCGCGACAGUGCUGCGACGAACAACACGGACUUCACCGAGUUCAGCGAGGAUGCCGCGUACGGCGGAAUCGACGACAACCGGGACUCGUACAUCGAGCGAACCUAUGCCAGCGAGAGGACAAACUCUGCCUACGGAGGGGAGCGUGACUCGGUUAUAGAGCGUGUGUUUGCCCAAGAGCGCCAGAACAGCGCGAACGUUGCCGACGAAUACGGUCUGAACCCACCAGGUCCUAUCUUCGACCUCACACCGGGUCGCGAACCGAGCCCUGCGAGGUACAAGCACGGAGAGCCUCUCCACUUUGUUGGAGAAGAGGAGGAAGAAGAGGGAUACUAAGUGUGACCAUAUACCCGAUUGAUUUUCACCCGAUCUUUUGAUUUACCCCGCCAGUUGAUACAGGCUGGAGGCCAGCAACGACAGCGCUACGAGGUGACGA